AUGUUACGUGCGAAGCAUCUCGGCACGCUUUCCCAGUCCGCCCGUUCCUUCUUCCUUAGCGGCUCAAGAUGUAGCGCGGCUGAUGGGAGCAGUUCAUGCACCUGCACAGACGAAGAGACUUGCAUUUCCAAACGGCCCUUAAGAACAAGCAUCCAAUCGGCCUCCCUUCUGUCAAAAUCUCCCGUGGCUGUAAGUCCACUAGCUUCAGCUUCUUCAGUCGGUUUAGUGAAAAAAGAAGCAACUCCCAACAAAACAAAUGAAAAUGGCUGUUUGUCAAGGCAAGAAGAAGAUUCCAAUAAUUAUGCAGCAGCAAACGAAAUUAAUGCUAUGUCAUCACCACCUAUAACCGACCAUUUUAUUAAGGCGGGUAUGGCUGCAGUUGGGCUUUUGUCCGACUUGGUAAAUUAUCGGAUUCCGAUGACAGAAGGGAGCUCGAUGCUGACAUCAUCUGGUAACUCGGUUGUUGAACGCGUGAAGCCCGUUUCUACCGUGAGGUCUGUAAAUACGAAAAUCGCUAAAAAGGACAACAAAGCUUAUGUAAAACCAUCAUCCGAACAAAAUGGCUCGUAUGUUUCAACCGGGAGAGAGAAUAAUAAUAGAUCUGUUCCGGGUAAAAUUGGGCUGAGCGAAUCGAAUAAUAAUUUAUCGAGAAAUUUCGUCGAGAGUAACGGGGAGCAUCGUGAUAGGAUGAUAAAGUCCAUUCCUCAAAAGUCGUCUAGAGGCUAUUCGAAUCGAUUCACACCAAACACGCCACAAUCCGAAUCGAAGUUUGCUGCUAGCCGGUCUGAAGGUUUUACCAAAGGGAAACCAAUUUCGAGGCCAUUUUUAAGCUCAAAUACAGUUGUCGAGAAUGUUUACCGAAUUCUGCAACAGUGCAAAUGGGGGCCCACUUCAGAGGAGGCUCUCGGAAGGCUAAACUGCUCACUAGACGCGUACCAAGCUAACCAAGUGCUCAAACAGCUUCAAGAUUACUCUGUAGCUCUCGGUUUUUUCUACUGGCUGAAAAGAAAACCGGGCUUCAAGCACGACAGCCACACAUACACGACCAUGGUGGGUAUUCUCGGCCGAGCUCGACAAUUCGGGGCAAUCAGUAAAUUGCUCGGUCAAAUGACUUAUGAUGGUUGCCAGCCGAAUAUCGUCACGUACAAUCGUCUUAUUCACAGCUAUGGCCGGGCGAAUUACUUAAAUGAGGCCAUGGGAGUUUUCAAUCAGAUGCAGCAAGUCGGAUGUGAGCCCGACCGAGUAACUUACUGUACGCUCAUCGAUAUCCACGCGAAAUCAGGCUAUCUCGAUGUAGCAAUCGAUUUAUAUCAUAGAAUGCAAGAAGUCGGGCUUUCGCCGGAUACUUUCACUUACAGCGUGAUCAUAAACUGCCUCGGGAAAGCGGGACACCUGGCGGCAGCCCAUAAGCUGUUCUGCGAAAUGGUCGAUCAAGGCUGCGUGCCGAAUCUCGUGACCUAUAAUAUAAUGAUUGCUUUGCAUGCGAAAGCUCGAAACUACCAGAGCUCUCUUCAGUUAUACCGUGAGAUGCAGAGCGCGGGAUUUGAGCCCGAUAAAGUUACGUACAGUAUAGUCAUGGAGGUGCUCGGGCACUGUGGCUACCUCGACGAGGCCGAGGCCGUUUUUGCCGAGAUGAAGAGGAAGAAUUGGGUUCCGGACGAACCCGUUUACGGGCUUCUCGUCGAUCUGUGGGGAAAAUCAGGUAAUGUGGAGAAGGCCUGGGAGUGGUAUCGAGCCAUGCUGAACGCGGGCCUAAGGCCCAACGUGCCCACAUGUAAUUCUCUACUGAGCGCCUUUCUUAGAGACCAUAGGCUUCGAGAUGCGUACAAUUUGCUCCAGAGCAUGAUUGGACUGGGCCUGAGCCCGUCUCUUCAGACUUACACUCUUCUCCUCAGCUGCUGCACGGAGGCCCAAACUUCGUUCGACAUGGCCUUUUGCUGCCAGCUCAUGACUGUCUCGGGCCACCCGGCCCACACGUUCCUUCUCUCCAUGCCAGCUCCCGGGCCCGACGGGAAAAACGUUCGGGACCACGUCAGCAACUUUCUCGACAUGAUGCACAGCGAGGACAGGGAGAGCAAACGGGGUUUGGUAGAUGCUGUGAUCGAUUUUUUUCACAAAACGGGCUUAAAGGAAGAGGCGGGCUCCAUUUGGGAAGUGGCUGCCGGGAAAAACGUGUACCCAGAUGCUGUUAAAGAGAAGGGUAAUUGCUAUUGGCUCAUAAAUCUGCAUGUUAUGUCGGAUGGGACAGCUGUCACUGCACUUUCGAGGACUCUUGCCUGGUUUCGUAAGGAGCUGCUGGUUUCGGGUAUUUGCCCGAUCCGGAUUGAUAUUGUGACGGGUUGGGGCAGACGGAGCAGAGUUACAGGGUCGUCUCUCGUUAGGCAGGCGGUGGAGGAGCUGCUGAACGUGUUUGGGUUCCCCUUUUUCACGGAGAAUGGGAACUCGGGUUGUUUUGUCGGGUGUGGGGAGCCGCUCAAUCGGUGGCUUUCGCAGUCGUAUGUUGAGAGGAUGCAUUUGCUGUAG